AUGGCCUCCUUACCCCCUGACUCGUGCUGUUACAAGGGCGUCAAGCAUGAGGGUGUCGCCAAAGGUGCGCUCACGCAUAUUGCCGGCACCGAAGCAUACACAGUUUAUCCCGAGAGUCGAUCUACCGAGAAGGCAAUUUUAAUCUUGACCGAUAUCCUUGGGCACAAGCUCAUCAACACGCAGCUUAUUGCGGACCAAUUUGCCGCGAAUGGCUACUUUGUCGUCAUUCCUGACUUGUUUGAAGGGGACCCAAUCCCACUGAACAGGCCUGGUGAUUUUGAUAUGGAGAAAUGGCGAAGCGGUGGAUAUAAUCCCAAGGGGACGGCACACUUCCCGCCGAACGUCGAUCCGAUUGUUGAUAGCUGCCUGACAGCCAUGCGAGAUACUUUCGGUUGCAAGACCAUUGGCGGAGUUGGUUAUUGCUUUGGUGCAAAGUAUGUUGCGCGCUUCCUGCAGCCAGGGACGAAGAUCGAUGUGGGAUUCUUUGCCCACCCCUCCAAUGUUACUGAGGAGGAGCUGAGCGCCAUUGGAGGCCCCUUGGCGAUCGCUGCCGCCGAGACCGAUAGCAAGUUCCCGCCUGAGAAGCGCCAUACCAGCGAGGAGAUUUUGCAGAAGACUGGUUUACCUUAUCAAAUCAAUCUGUAUAGUGGCGUCAAUCAUGGAUUCGCGGUGCGCGGUGAUCUGAGUAACCGAGUUGUCAAGUAUGCCAAGGAGACAGCCUUUUUGCAAGCUGUUCUGUGGUUUAAUGAACAUCUAUAA